AAAACAGAGAGAACAGGUUGAUCUCCUGAAUUCUGCAUUCCUGUCAUUCCUGUCAGAGAACUGAUCACAUUUCACCCUAUAACAAUACAGAUAUGUGAUUUAUAAUGAUUGAAUUACGUGUUUCUCUACAACCCUUCAGAUGAGCCUAACUGUCCUUCAUGAAAUGGGCGUGUUCAGGGUCAGUGGGGUCACUAGAGCUCCAUCAAACUGGACGCAUCACUCCUGGGUGUGACGCAGCACUCUGAUGCCUGCAGAUAUAAACACCAUGAUUUGACAUGACGAUGAUGGCAACAACGAGGAAAAAACUGCUCAGCAACAAAGUUCUUAUUGUGUUUGUUCUCUUCUGCGGCUACUUUACUUCAGUACUGCAUGGACAGUAUGUCACAGAUCAUUUUAAUGAGAUUCAGCAGGCUGAGUCACAGAACAGGACGCUGAAUGUCUCGAUGCAAACAUAUGACUCGGCGGAGGUGAACCACACCACCUCAGCGGGCUCACAAACAAAUGUCAGUGUGGCUGAUCUCUUCGCUUCUUUGGACGAUCUCAGUGAAACAACCAUCCACGAUCUAGCGUUUGUUGAGAACUGGCUGUAUUUGAGGUUUCUGCCUCUUCUGUCAUAUAUGAAUGAGGAGUUUGUGACACAACUGAGCUGGAUGAACUUCACCUGUGGGGCCUUCCAAGUCAUUGUGGAAGUUCUCAGCAGGGAGGAAUCGCUGAUCACAGACAGGCAGCAGAAGCUGAUCUUCACGCAUCUCAUUUACUCUUUCCUGUCCAGAGCAGAUAAAGCAGAUCCAGGCUGCCAUUCAAACAUCACCAGUAACCAUGAAUGGCUGCAGAGGAAUUUUGGGAUCUUCUCUAAAUAUGCAACACUCAGCCAACUGCAAACACUGGACAGUUAUUUCACUGAGUUUGAUUCGUUAGGGUUACUGAGUCCAUCUCAACUAGCAGAGCUGACUGUGACUUCUGGAGCGCUGAACAGUGCGAAUAUGAUUGACAGCAUUUUUGACCGUCUAGAGGAAGGUGAUGCUUUCCAGAACAUGGAUGAGUUUUUCUGGAAACUAGUUCAAUCUGAGUUAAAGCAGGGCUAUUCAACUGGCGACCCGCCAAUCAUCUUCAUCCGGCCCGAGGAAGAGUGCGCAGGUUGCACAUUCGCCUUGCAUUGUUCUUAAAUCAGUUAUAAAACCCUAAAUGACUGUAAAGAGUUGGGAG